AUGCCGAAGCAGCCUGAGAAGCUGAACCUGAGCCUGAGCCUGGACAUGGCCCUCAACCGAGUCCCAGACCUGAGCCAAGCUGGAUCAGUACCCACCUUUGCCUAUUCUUCGGCUAAAGUGUUCCUGCACGCAAUGCCCAUCCCGUACCGCUACCGCGACCGUGCCUUGGGACGACACCCCAUCUCACAUCUUUGGACGGUCACGCAAACAAGGCCCUUGCCAACCAAUGGCCUGGCCGCGAAUGACGACACAUGCCACGAUCCAUCAUUUCCGCGCCCGGAGGAAUCCAUCACGAGAAAUUGGAUGCCACCGGCUCAGGUCCCGCCGAGGCAAUGGGAUCGUUGA